AUGCGCCUUAAUCUGAUGAGCUUUUUCUCAAACUUUCUUCUUCCUGACGUUCCAUUCUUAUUCAUUUCUUUUCCUCUUGUUUUUCAUCCAUUCAUUUCGUCUCGUUUUUUUUUCUUUCGUUUUCCGUAUUCUUUUUCAUCCUUUAUUUUUGUCUCGUUUUUUUCUUCUUUUUUUUCGAAUUGUUUCUUCUUCCUUUCUUUUCGUCACGAUUUUUCUUCAAUUUCUUCGUAUUUUCUUCCUUUCUUAACUCUUCAUUUUCUUUUCGUUUUUUUCUUCCUUUAUUUUCGCCUCGUUUUUUUCUUCAUUUUUUUUAUCUUGUUUCUUCUUCUUUUCUUUUCGCCUCGUUUUUUCUUCCUUUUAUUCCUUUUGUUUUUUCUUCCUUUUUUUAGACUUGUUUUUCCUUUCUUUUCAUCUCGUUUUUUUCGUCCUUUUUCCGUCUUGUUUCUUCUUCCUUUCGUUUCGUCUCGUUUUUCUUCCUUUUUUCGUUUUGUUUUUUCUUCCUUUUUUCGACUUGUUUUUCUUUUCUUUCUUUUCAUCUCGUUUUUUCUUCCUUUUUUCGUCUUCUUUCUUCUUCCUUUCUUUUCGUCUCGUUAUUUCUUCCUUUUCUUCGUAUUUUCUUCCUUUCUUAACGUCUCGUUUUUCUUCUUUUCUUUUUGUCUUCUUUUUUCCUUCCUUUGUUUUAGUCUUCUUUUUCUUUUCGUUUUUUCCUUCCUUUAUUUUCGUCUCGUUUUUUCUUCCUUUUUUCAUCUUGUUUCUUCUUCUUUUCUUUUCGUCUCGUUUUUUUCCUUUUUUUCGUUUUGUUUUUUCUUCCUUUUCUUCGACUUGUUUUUCCUUUCUUUCUUUUCAUCUUGUUUUUUCUUCAUUUUUUCGUCUUGUUUCUUCUUCCUUUCUUUUCGUCUCGUUUUUCUUCCUUUUUUUCGUUUUGUUUUUUCUUCCUUUUUUUCGACUUGUUUUUCCUUUCUUUCUUUUCAUCUCGUUUUUUUCUUCCUUUUUUCGUCUUGUUUCUUCUUCCUUUCUUUUCGUCUCGAUUUUCUUCCUUUUUUUCGUUUUGUUUUUUCCUCCUUUUAUCGACUUGUUUUUCCUUCCUUUCUUUUCAUCACGUUUUUUUCUUCAUUUUUUUGUCUUGUUUCUUCUUCUUUUCUUUUCGUCUCGUUUUUUCUUCUUUUUUCGUUUUGUUUUUUCUUCCUUUUAUCGACUUGUUUUUCCUUCCUUUCUUUUCAUCACGUUUUUUUCUUCAUUUUUUCAUCUUGUUUCUUCUUCUUUUCUUUUCGUCUCGUUUUUUCUUCCUUUUUUCGUUUUGUUUUUUCUUCCUUUUAUCGACUUGUUUUUCCUUUCUUUCUUUUCAUCACGUUUUUUUCUUCAUUUUUUUGUCUUGUUUCUUCUUCUUUUCUUUUCGUCUCGUUUUUUCUUCCUUUUUUCGUUUUGUUUUUUCUUCCUUUUAUCGACUUGUUUUUCCUUCCUUUCUUUUCAUCACGUUUUUUUCUUGCUUUUUUCGUCUUGUUUCUUCUUCCUUUUUUUUUGUCAUGUUUUCUUCCUUGUUUUCAUCUCUUUCUUUUCUUUCUUUCUUUCUUUCUUUCUUUUCGUCUUGUUUUCUCUUCCUCAUUCUUUCUGAAAUUAUUUUGUUUUCUUUUUCAGUCUUCCUGCAUAUUUUUUUCUUUUUAA